AUGGAAGUCCCCGCAGUGGACGUGGCGAGCGCCUUGAGAGAGGCGGCGGCCUUGGAGGAGAAGAAGCUGAAGGAUAAGCAGCAGGCUGAAGCCGACAACGCGCUCGCUGAGGAGGUUGAUGUCGAGGUGUUCUCUGCCUACGAGUGCCGAUCCCUCCCCCCAGAGCUCGGCAACGCGCACCCGGGAGACAUCAGCGAACCGGGCCUCCUCUCAGCGGUGCCGCUGCCGCCUCCCACGUAUGGCUCUGAAGCGUUUGACGGUCCGGUCAUCGACGAGACCAAGCUCAGCAGGCUGCAGCUAGAAGGGGUCCUCUUCGCGGCUCAGAGGCAUACGCACCUCCUGCCGGACGGGAAACGGGCAGGGUUCUUCAUCGGCGAUGGGGCGGGUGUCGGAAAGGGGCGGCAGAUUGCCGGGAUCAUCUUGGACUCGUGGGCUAGGGGUCGGAAGAAGCACGUCUGGUUCAGUAUCUCGAACGACCUAAAGCUGGACGCGCAGAGGGACUUGAAGGACGUCGGGUGCCACAUCAACGUCAUCGACGGCUGUCAGGGGUUGGAUGCCGCAUCAAGCAAGGGCCUCGGCAUGUCCAGCAGCUCCAAGCACGGGUGCCUGUUUAGCACGUACAGCACGCUCGCCAGCGGACGGCCCAACGCCGUCGGCAAGAAGACUCGCCUCGAGCAGCUCAUAGACUGGUGCGGAGGGAAGGAUUUCGAGGGCUGCUUGGUGUUUGACGAGGCGCACAAGGCCAAAAACUUCAACUCUUCCAAAGAGGAGCUGUCUACCAAGGUGUCCCAGGCCGUCAUCAAGAUUCAGGACAUGCUACCCAAGGCGCGCGUGGUAUACUGCUCCGCCACAGGGGUGACCGACAUCGGGAACCUGGCGUAUGCAACACGGCUGGGCCUGUGGGGAGAGCACUCGCCCUUCCGCGGCUUCAAGGAGUUCAAGGAGAGCAUGGAGAAGCGCGGGCUAGGGGCACUGGAGAUGCUCGCGAUGGAACUCAAGGCUAAGGGCUCGUACGUGAGCAGAGGGCUGGGGUGGAAAGGAGCGGAGUUCGAGACCUGCGAGGUGAAACUCCCCCCCUCGACUGUGGAGAUGUACGACAAGGCCGUAGAGUUUUGGAUGCUGCUGAGGAAGGAGUUGGAGAAGGCCGCUUCGGCGUGCGGCAACAGCGGAAUGUGCAAGGCGGAGCGAUGCAAGGAUGACCAUGUCUGCUCCCCGAUGCGUCAGUUCUGGGGGCAGCAGCAGCGUUUUUUCAAGGAGAUGGCGAACGCCUCCAAGGUGGAGUUCGUGGUCGCACAAGCCAAGGAGGCGCUGUCGAGUGGCAUGAGUGUAGUCAUCGGCCUGCAGAGCACCGGGGAGAGCGGAAUGGACAAGGCAAUGUCGGAGAUGAAGAAGAGGCCGGGCGACACCGUUGCCACGCUCAUCAGCGCCGCACACUAUGGCACCAUCGGGUUCAUCAAGCAGUUCUUUCCUACCCGAACAGUGCCGAAAGAGGUAAAGGUCAUGACAGACCAAGACAUCGAGGACAUCAUCAGCUGCCAGUUGAACGUGCACAUCCAAGCGGGAAUCGCGACCCUAUUCAACGUGGAACAGGCUAGGGCAAGCCUCCGCAAGGACCAAGAGCGGAGCAAGGUGCUGAAGGCCGAGCAAGCCAAGUCGCGUGAGCUUCAGGAUUGCGUGGAGGCUAAGGAAAAACUGCUUCAAAAGGCGAAGGAGCUUCGGCUGCUUCCUUCUCCGUUAGACGCCCUCAUCGAUGCUCUGGGGGGGACGGCAGAAGUCGCCGAGAUGACUGGCCGAAGGGGAAGGCUCGUUCGUAGGGUCCGCGGUGACGCUGGAUUCAAGUAUGACCUUAGGCCGGAAAACGAGGAGACCAGCCUCAACAUCCGCGAGCGCGAGCUGUUCAUGUCCGGCAAGAAGAAGGUGGCCAUCAUCAGCGACGCCGCCAGCACCGGGGUCUCCCUCCACGCGGCGGUGGGGUCGGGAUCGGAGGGGCGCCGGCGGCUCCACAUCACUCUCGAGCUGCCGUGGUCCGCGGACAAGGCCAUCCAGCAGCUGGGCAGGAGCCACCGCUCCAACCAAGCGUCGGCGCCGGUGUUCCGACUACUGGUGACCGAUCUCGGGGGCGAACGUCGCUUCGCCGCAGCCGUCGCCAAGCGGCUGGCCAGCCUAGGGGCCCUGACGAAGGGAGACCGUCGCGCCGCCACAGGAGCCGACUUUAGCUCCUUUGACCUGGACACCAAGUACGGCCGCAGGGCGCUCAAGUCCAUGAUGAUGGCCAUUGUCACCAAGACGGGGCUAGCCCCUGGCGUCGACCUGAUGACCCUCCGUCCCUUCGUGCAGUCAGGACUCCUCAUGUCAACCGCUCCGGCCGCAGCUACCCCAACCCCAUCCUCUGUCAACCAGGGGGGGGCGACGGGAGCCGCGGGGAUGAUGGCGGAAGAGCUCGGGCAAGAAGCCAAGGCAGAGAUCAAGAUUGCUGCCAUGCUGGCCGCGGAGCGGAGCUUGGAGGACAUGGCGAUCGAACCAGCCCAGUACAACAACGUCACCCUCUUCCUCGGCAGGCUACAGGGCCUCCCCGUCCAAAGGCAGAACCUCAUGUUCACCUACCUCACGGGAACUCUGGAUGCUGUGCUGAGCGAGGCCCGCGCCUCCGGUGUAUACGAUGAGGGCGUGGCCGACCUCCGUGCUAGCUCGGUGACCCUCAAGAACGCUCCGGAGGAAGUCGCCAAGGACCCUGCAACGGGAGCUGUUACCCAACUAGCACAGGUGGUGCUAGACCGUGGGGUGAGCUGGGACCAGGCUUUGGCCAAGCGAAGUGAAGCCGCGGACGCUGGCAUGGAUGAAGCUGUCAAGCCAACGUCGGGGGCCAAGCCGCCGAAGGGGACGGGUUUCUAUCGCAGCAGGCAUACCGACAUCACCAGCCAGCGCAAGCUCGUCGUGCUUGCCGUUCGCAAGGCCAAGCACAACAGGCUGAUGGUGAUUACCCGUCCGAACACCGGCACGUCGGGAUACGAGAUGGACCUUCAGGAGCUCAGAGAGAAAUACGAUAGGGUAUCGGACAAUGAAGAGGCCACAGCGACGGUGCAACACGCCUGGACGCAGGCGUACGACUCCUCGAACGGUGCGGACUACCGAGGUUCGAGGAAGGUCACGCUGGGGCUCUUGUCCGGCUCAGUGCUACCGAUGUGGUCCGCCCUGGAGAAGACCGUCGCCGUUUGCCGUGCACAGAUGACCAAGGCUGAGGAGGCACUCAAGGUGAACCGAGUGAUCCUGGACGAUUCUACAAAGCUCGUGGGGGUUCGGCUCCCAACCACGGCGCUCUCAACCCUGAGACAGCAUCUGGCAGAGGCCGUGCAAGCCAGAAAAGCGGUUGUCGACAGCGGUGGGGGGGGGGGCGUCGAUCCCGUGUCCCCGAUCAACCCGAAAACCCUCCUCCAAGUCAAAACCCCUCCCAAAAAUAUUCUCAGCUUUUUCGGGCGCGCUGCUUCCCCCUCUCCGUCAUCUGCGGCAACUCCGCCCCCGGUCGGCGGCAAGCGCCACGCUGGGGUUUCCAGUGUCGGCGGCUCUGCCGGCAGAGUGAAAAAGAAAAAGGGGUCGGUUGGAGGCUCGGGGCGGAACGCUGGGAAGGAGAACAGCGCUAGUAGCACCGCCAAGGGUGUCGCUGCGUUGUUUGGCUCCCAACUUGGUAGCAAGGACACCGCCGGUUCGACGGCCUCUGCGAAGAGGGAUGAUCCUCCUGAGGUUAUCUCGAUUGACGACUAGACUAUAAUAGUGAUGAUCCUGACUCUUGCCGCACUCGCUCGCUUUGGUGGCUUGUGAUCUCGAUUGACGAUGAAUGAUG